GAAUUUGAUGGCCCACUGGCCAGACUUGAAUGGGAAUCGGGAAUGAUCCAAGAUGUGAAUCAUAUCAUUUUAGACUUAAGGAAUACCUGUAAAAAUAUUCAGGAAGUUGUUGAUGACUAUUUUUUGGAUUUAACUGACUUUGAAGAAUUGAUGGGAACAUUAAAAAUUAUUUGUGACACAGAGAAGUUCACAGAUGUUCAAAGAGAAGCUAUAAAGCGAGAGCUUGAUAUUUUAAAAAUAGUUUUGUCUAUUCGUGAAAAUGUCCCUAUUGAGAUGAAAGAUGAAAAUCAUUUGACAAAGGCCUAUGAACUAUUAAAGCUUAUUCGGGCUAACUACAUGCCUGAUUAUAUGCCUGUUAUGAAACAUCCUGUAAUAGUUGAGUGUUUUUUUAAAUUGACUAAAUAUUCAUGUAAAUAUGAAUUAGAUAAUAAAGAAAUCAUUGACGAUAUUAAAAAGGAAGCAGCAGCCAUACUACACGAUAUUAAGCAAACUUUGAAGUUACAUAUGCAAGACGAAGAUUUUAACACAUCUUUUUGGAAGACCUAUUUAUCCUGUUUAAAGCAAUUUCGUUCUGCACUUGCCUCUGUAUGUCGGUAUGAUUUUAUUGCUUUAACUUCUAUAGAAGAGUAUGAAAAGAAACUGAAAGAAGAAAGUACUAUUCAACAGAAUCAUGUUAAUAAAUGUCUGACACGAGAUAGUGGCGAAGAUAGUAUAGAUAAACACAGUCAUACAGCAGCAGAUAUUCAUAAUGUAGAUAAUCAAUGUGAAGAAACAAAAAUAUGACAAACGAAGUCAUAAACCAAUGCCCCUCCAUACUUUAUUUACUAUUUUUUUACUAACGUAUGGAAUUAAUAGCAAAAAAAA